AUGGUGAUUGUUGGAUAUUUAUAUAUUUAUAGAUCUAUCAUGACGGUUGUGUCGAUGGAUCACCAUAUGUACAAGGUGCACAUGGCGUCAUCCCAUCCACCCGUGGAUCACGAUUACAGUGUACGUCAAUUGGAUGCGACAGUGGUGGAGUCCCUACAAAAGUCCGGAGCGGCAAUCUGUUCUAGUGAGUCUCCAAUGUCGAAGAUGUUUGCCAAAUGUGACAAAUGUCGUCGGAGUCGGAUCAAGGUGUUAGUGCCAAAUUCAUUAUUGUCCGUGGCCAAAGGUAAAAACGACGGCCAGACUUGUGAUUUUUGCGGCACUAUCAUGCCGCCAGACUCGCCGCAGUUUUUGCCCAAUGUGUUCGAAGGCAGACGCGGGUGCAAAAUCGGUGACAAGCGAAGCGACAGUAAUCCGCUCGGGCGCAAACGUAACAGACUCAAAGUCCUAUCCGGAGCGUUUUCCUUACGGGAGCACGUCAACGCGGUUCAUUUGAGGAAUUUUGAACAUAUUUGUUCCCAUUGUGAGAAGUCAUUUGCCCAUUUUUCCAAUUUGAAUCGACAUAUCCGCCUAGUGCAUAAACAAUUGCUUGUCACCCAUAAGUACGUGAACUGUUCCGAAUGCAAGAAAGUGGUUCAAUCAUCGUCACUAAAAAAGCACAUCAGAUCGAUUCACGAUAAGCAGAGAGAUUUUCAGUGCCAGUAUUGUGACAAGAAUUUUGCUCAAAGUUAUUCUUUGAAGGAGCAUGUGGGUGCCAAGCAUACUCACGAUUGGUCUCAUAUCUGUCUGUUAUGUCAGAAGACAUUUGCUCACCGCAAUAAUUGUGGGCGACACAUCAGGUCAGUCCAUAAACAAGAGAUCAAGAGCAAGAACUUUCACGAUUAUAUGAUGAGUAGUCAAAUCUCAAAUCUCUAAUCUCGUUCCGGCACCUGGUGGAUGCUAUGAAAAUGCUCAAAAAAACACGAUUAAUAAAUAGGUAUAUUUAUAAAUACGUUUGGA